AUGUCGAAAGCAUUCAUCGGAAAGCCAGCUCCACAAUUCAAGACUCAAGCCGUCGUUGAUGGCGAGUUCGUUGAUGUUUCGCUCUCUGACUACAAGGGAAAAUACGUUGUGCUCUUCUUCUACCCACUUGACUUCACUUUCGUGUGCCCAACCGAGAUUAUCGCCUUCUCUGACCGUGCUGAGGAGUUCAAGGCUAUCAACACCGUUGUGCUCGCCGCUUCCACCGACUCUGUCUUCUCUCACUUGGCAUGGAUCAACCAGCCACGCAAGCACGGAGGACUCGGAGAGAUGAACAUUCCAGUUCUCGCUGACACCAACCACCAAAUCUCCCGUGAUUACGGAGUUCUCAAGGAGGACGAAGGAAUUGCUUUCCGUGGACUCUUCAUCAUCGACCCAUCACAAAACCUCCGUCAAAUCACCAUCAAUGAUCUUCCAGUCGGACGCUCUGUUGAUGAGACUCUUCGUCUUGUUCAGGCCUUCCAGUUCGUCGAGAAGCACGGAGAGGUUUGCCCAGCUGGAUGGACUCCAGGAUCCGACACCAUCAAGCCAGGAGUCAAAGAAAGCCAAGAGUACUUCAAGAAGCACUAAAUGUCUUACAUCUCUAAUUUCCCCCGUAUCCCUAGUAUUUAUCUGAACGGUUUAUUUAUACUCAUUUUUCAUUUUGAUACUGAAAUUCUGAAAUUCAUGAAAUUGCUUGAUAACCGUAAAAUAAACUCGGUAUUCGAA